AUGAAGGUGAAUGCGACGAAGCCGAUGACAAUCGCGGAUAUUUUUUGGGAGGUGGCAAUUGCCGGAGUCAACCAUUCUAUUGAAGGAAAUGGAGGGCCGCUGUGCAUUUCGUUCAUGCCGACCUGGCAACGCUACUUGGAAUCCCUGAUUUUUGUUCCAAUAGCCUCCUAUAUUGCUUAUCGGUUAUGGCCCUACUUGGAUCUGAAUUUCACAUGCGACCCCCGAGAUGCCUCUCGAUCCCCGGUCCUCACAUGGUACAGCCUCAUUUUUGGAGCUGAGAUUGCGUACAAACUUAUCUCGAAAACCGGUAUUUUCCUGCUGAAUCCUUGCCACAUCACCACAAUCAUGCAACUCUGGCUGUUGGCCUCUGACGGGAAAUCGAAACGAGAAUGCUUUAUUUAUCGGUUGAUGAUCUAUUUUUCGACGGGAGCUAUUUUUGCACUUGCGUUUCCGGUGCUGAAUUCCCGAGAGCUUCCUGGCGAGGUGCUGAUCUACUAUGUUCAGCAUAUUGCCAUCGUGUUGGUGCCGCCGUAUCUUUUGUAUCAUAAAGGUGCAUUCGAAGCUGAAAAAGUCGACGAUUUUGUAUGGCCUGUUUUCGCCCUCUGUCUCUUCCUACUGUAUCACUACGUCGUCCUGCAAUUUCUCGGCCUGUACACCGGUGUUAACCUAAACAACACCCUCUGCCCGGCAAUCAGCGACCCGUUCCGUUCGCGCUUCUACCGGAUGUGUGCCAUUGGACAUCAAUUCCUUCUUGUCCCAAUCCUCUCCAAAACACAUUCCUUCCUCGGAAAUAUCGUUGCCAGUAUUCAAUGGGAAUACUAUCAAUGGAAACAGUAUUCAAUCGCCGCCAAAACCGAU